CUUCUAGGAUCCUUCAGUUACACAAGUGACAAGAAAUGUUCCACCAGGACUAGAUGAAUACAAUCCAUUCUCUGAUUCCAGAACACCUCCUCCAGGAAAUGCGAAAAUGCCUAGUGCACCUAGUACACAGCCAGCUAUAAUGAAACCAACAGAAGAACAACCUGCUUACACACAAAUUGCAAAGGAGCAUGCAUUGGCCCAGGCAGAGCUGCUCAAGCGCCAAGAAGAACUAGAAAGAAAAGCAGCUGAACUAGAUCGCAGGGAAAGGGAGAUGCAGAGUCUCAGUCAACAGGGGGGCAGGAAAAAUAAUUGGCCACCUCUGCCUGAGAAUCUUCCAGUGGGUCCAUGUUUCUACCAGGAUUUUUCUGUAGACAUUCCUGUAGAAUUCCAGAAGACAGUAAAGAUUAUGUACUAUUUGUGGAUGUUCCAUGCAGUGACACUCUUUCUAAAUAUCUUUGGGUGUUUGGCCUGGUUUUGUGUUGAUCCUAGACGAGGGGUUGACUUUGGAUUGAGUAUCCUCUGGUUCUUGCUUUUUACUCCUUGUUCAUUUGUCUGCUGGUACAGACCGCUUUAUGGAGCCUUCAGGAGUGACAGUUCUUUCAGAUUCUUUGUGUUCUUCUUUGUGUACAUCUGUCAGUUUGCUGUACAUGUACUUCAGGCUGCAGGAUUUCAAGGCUGGGGUAACUGUGGAUGGAUUUCAUCUCUCACUGGUCUUAACAAGAGUAUUCCUGUUGGCAUUAUGAUGAUAAUCAUAGCAGCACUUUUCACAGCUUCUGCUGUGAUCUCACUAGUUAUGUUUAAAAAGGUGCAUGGCCUGUACCGCACAACUGGUGCUAGUUUUGAGAAAGCCCAGCAAGAAUUUGCAACAGGUGUGAUGUCCAACAAAACUGUACAAACUGCAGCAGCAAAUGCUGCAUCUACAGCAGCCACAAGUGCAGCUCAAAAUGCUUUCAAGGGUAACCGAAUUUAGAAAAAUAUAAAACUCACUAUUCUGACUGUAUUUUAUUUUCCAGGUGUGUAUUCUGUUCCCUAAAGACUCAUGUUCAAAACACACACAGCAUGUACAUCUCUCCUUCAGCUGUGCAUGGGCUAAAAUGGGGAAAAAUCUUGGUUUAUUUCUUUAUACAUUUAUUUAUCAAAAAAUACUACUUUGACCCCUUUGUACAACUCCAUACUUUGUGGAGAAAUGAUAAUCUAGUGGACACGUUAACAAGGAUCUGGAAUUAAUAUGAUACUUUCUGUGAUCACUUAAAUAUAUUUAGGAUUUUUUCAGUGAUUUGCUCUGGAAUCUUUCAUUUUAACUUUGGGAACACGCUUUGGAGCAGUUACGUUUGUUCCUAAGAACCUGUUCCCUUAUUUCCAUGAUGAGAAGUAGGGCAAACUUGACAUUUUCUGAAAGUUAAGAUUUGGCUAUUACUUCUCCUUUUUCAGGAGCUGAUGAAGGAUGGAUAUGAGUAUGGUAGAUGAUGUAAAAUUUCUCGGUUUUUUUAGGAUAAGUCUUUUGAUAUCAGUCUAUAAUUUGCAUGAUUACUGUUGAGUUAUCUGACCAUGCUGAACUAGUGUUUUGGUCCAGAAUUUAUCUGUACCACUUAUUGUAGGGUUUAUUUGUAUCUAUUUUCAUGGAGUAUUUUGCAUCAGAAAUGGCUUUGGUGCCUAAAUAAUUCUCACUGAGGGAAUGAGUAAUGCGAUGUACAACUUAGAGAAGUGAAAAAAGUUUCCAUCAGACAGCUAAAUGAUUCUGUAUCUGCUGUUUUUUAAUUUUUCAGUAUUCAUGUCCUGGGGGGAAAAGCAUCUUACUAAACAAAACAAACGUUUAGAACACCCCAGCAUUGUUUUUUUACCCCCUUUUAAAUGCAGUGGCACUUUUGUUGUGUUUGGGGUUUCUGGAUUUUUUUUUCAGUGUGAAUUUGUGUUUAACAGUGGUACUAAAUGCUCUAGCCUUGUCAGUCACUCCGUUUACUGCCUGUCCAAUAAUCUGAAUAUACAGUAUUUAAUUUUUUUAAAGAACCAUCAUCUCUAAUUAAGCUUUUUAAACUGUAUUUAACACAUACUUUAAUUUCUUUUAACACACCUCAGCCUUCAUGUGUGAUUUGACUCAAGCUGAAUAAAGCAGCUUCUUAACUAUUUUGAAAUGGGGAAGUUAGAGGUUUUUAUCUUUAACAAGGAAGAAUAAAAUUUAAGCUCAUGUUGAACUGGAUAUCUUCUAGCUUUAUAUUUGAAUGCGGUGUUGCAUAGUGCUUCAUGCUGGUAGUUACCUUUUAUAUUUUCCAGAUCUUAAUCACGUGUUUCAACAAAAUCAUGCUGCUUUCUAUUUAAUGCCAUUCCAUAUCCUAGAGAGAUGCAUGUUGGUAUUCUGAACUGGUUUUAAAAGCUCAAAAUGCCUGUUGCAGAAAGUGAGAUCACUUAGGGGCCUGAUCUCCAAAUCUCGUGAGUAUUCUCAUUGAAAUCAGAAAGACUCCUCACAGGAGUAAGGGUUAUAAAGAGGGCUUGUUCUGCAUAUGGAUUGUUUCUAAUAGAUGGAUCAUCUCAUUGUUUUUACUGAUAUUUUAAAAUAAGAUAUUUGGAAAAACCUAGACUUGAUAACUGGGCCAGCAUAGCACUCGUAUGCAUAAAGUCCUUACGUAAACUAGAAGUCUACCUUGAUUUUUAAACUUUGAAGUUUCAGCUUCAGUAUUUAGGGUAAAUGUGGCAAACUUACCAUGUCAGCAAAGCAUUAGAAUACAGCCUGUGCUGAAGUUGCUGUUCAUAAAUAUGCUCUUUUCUAAAAUAAUGUUCUUUGCCACAAAAUAACCAGUGUAAUUGAAGUAUUGUUUGUAAUGGGGAAUUGGCAGAACUUCUUCUAGUAGUUUACAUCAGUAGAGGGGAUGUGUUCUUAUUUGUUGGUUUGGUCUUUAGUGUUCCCUCUAAAUUUCAGUUUUGUGAUUUGAGAUCACUUUCCUGCAUAGGAAUCUGGUAGCCCAUUUCUGCCUCUCAAUCUGAUUCUCCUUUUGUGAAACUUAUUAAGGAAAUACAAAAAUUGCGCCCAGAAACUCCAGCAGGGGUAGGGAUAGAGCCUGAAUUAAGCAUUUUUCUGUCUUUUGGGAUUUCCCAGCAACAUAGUCCUUGCAGUUAAGUUGACUGGGACACUGUAUAGUACAGCAUUGCCACAGUAAUGAAGGGGAAAUGCAAAUUGAAACUUUAAGUGGACAGGCACAUACAUGGUUGCAUCUUUAGGAUAUCACUUGAAAUGUUCUUGGAACAUCUGUAUGUUGCCUGAAUUUGUAAUGUCUUCCAUUUCAAUUGCAGAGGUAAGACUAUAAAAUGAAACCAUUGUUCAGAAUUAAACCCAAUAUGAAUUGCUUUAAAUUACUAUGGUAGUCUUAAAAUAUUUGUGGUGCAAAGGGAAAAAUAAACUUAGCUUUGGAAACAGAAGGCUGAUGUUUGUUAAAAUAUAUUUUAUACUUUACUAAUUAGGUUUUACAGUCUCUUUAUCAAUUAACACAGUAUGCACACAGUUUGUCAUUUUGUAGUAUUGUGGCAAAUCUAGUACAGAGUAUGAAGUUUAAACACUGGAAUGUCAAUAGUCAUUGAUCUUGUAAUUUAGGAGUUGGAUUUAUUUAUUUGAGGGAUAUUUGUAUAUUUUGUAAAUUACUAACAAUGCUCUGUCAUCUUGGUGAAUGUCCUGGUACUGUACAAAUGCACUCAUUCUGUCCCUCUGUUGCAUGUCUAAGUAGUUCAAAAGUUUUGUAUAUUGAUUGUAUUAACACAGUGUCAUAGAAUAAAAAUACCGUUUCCUGGAUGUUUGCUCUAUAUAGUUUUAAACAAUAUAGGGAUUUUUUAAGGACAGAAUAACAUGCAGGAGGGCUGAUCUGUACAAAAGUACCUUUUGGUUUUUAUAAUCUGUAUAUAAAUUCUGUAAUCUGUUGCAAUGAGAAAGUAAAAUGUCCACAACACAUCAGUAUAAUGAGAAUCUGCUCAGACAGUAUGAUGGAAAUCUUUAGCAGCACGUGUAUUUGUGCUGCAAAUUAAAAGUGAAAGAAACCAAACAAAUAUGUUGUGUCAGUGCUGAAUGAAACUCUACAAGUAUUAAGCACCUCAAGAUUUUACUUUCAGUAAAUUGAAACUGCUGAAAACCA